AUGUCGGGGGAGCAACAGUCCCAGGACGAGAGUAGCAAUGCUGGCGCCACGCCCAUACAACAGUCUCCGACUAGUUGGUGGAGGUCCAUUGCAAACACCGCAGCGAAUAACCCCAACCCCAUGUACACACCUGCAGCGGGAUUUGUUGGUUCUUCUGGGCCUCCUGGAAUGUGGGGACCCAUGGGGCCAGCUGGUCCUCCCGGAGAAAAGGGACCCAGUGGGUCAGCUGGCCCUCCAGGAGAAAAGGGACCCAUGGGGCCAGCUGGUCCUGUGUCUACCGGGCCUCCUGGACCUCCUGGAGAACAGGGACCCAUCGGGCCGGCUGGACCUCGUGGGUUUAAGGGGCCCGUUGGUCCUCCUGGAAAAGACGGGGCCUCGGUGUGUACAAAACCUACCGGACCACCUGGACAUCCUCCAACAGCAGAUUGUCCUGAAUGUUACACAAAGUGGGGUGUAACCUGCUACAAGGCGUUCCGAUUCCCUGCGAACUUCGGGGACUCGGCCCUGCAUUGCCGCCUAGAUGGUGGCACCCUCGCCAUGCCCCGAGACGCUGCUACCAACGCCUUCCUUAUCAACCUCAAGACCAACGUCGACAGCAACUCCCCUUUCUGGUUUGGUCUCCAUGAUCAGCGCAGAGAAGGAAGCUUUGAGUGGAUCGAUGGUUCUGCUCUUGGGAGGUACAAAUCCUGGGCUCCGGGAGAGCCAAAUUUUUCUUUCGCCAUGGAAACCAGCAUGCUGCUCGUCAUUCUUUGCCUCUGUGCCACCGUACCGUUCAUAGGAGGCCAGGGGUGCCCUAGCGACUGUAGCUGUAACUCCAACCAGCUCUACUGCGACAACAGCGGCCUAGCGAACAUUCCCGAACAGAUCCCGAGUGACGUCACCUUCGUACGCAUCUCGGGGAACCUCGGAAUCGUUCGGGACGACAACAUGGUUUCUGCAAAAGGACGAAGGAAGCAUGUCUUUCUUGCUUUCGUUAUUUCUGUGUUGUUGGUCGGAGAGUCUGCCCAGUCCUGCCCAGCGCCGUGCAUGUGUGCAUCGAGCCAGCUCUACUGCCAAACCGUCGGUCUAACGUCCGUGCCCUUUCCCAUCCCACCUGACACAACGUUCGCUAUGAUAUCGGGGAACAACAUCCCUUCCAUACAAGCAAAUACGUUUUUGGCCAACGAUAAGCUCGAAACUCUGAUUCUAAAAACAAACCAGGUCCAGAACAUAUCUUCCCUUGCUUUCCACGGAUUGUCAGUCUUGCGACGUCUGGAUUUGUCGGCAAACCUUCUUCAAGUCGUCCGUAAGGGAACUUUUAAAGACCUCCCGAUGUUGGACCGACUUGACUUGAGUGAGAACAAGAUCUGGGCGUUGGAAGAAGCGGCUUUUAGCAACCUACCGAUGCUUCAAACUCUAGUGCUCACGAAAAACGAGUUGGUUGACAUCGCUGACAAUGUUUUCGUGUUGACGCCGAACAUUCGCGAUGUCAACCUAGCUGAAAACAUGUUUACUGUCGCCCCUAGUCAAGCGCUACGGAAUCUGACCAACCUCGACUGGCUCAGCUUAGAAGGUAACAAACUGACGAGGCUUGAAUCGAACACCUUCGUCCUUUGGGGUAGUCUUCGAACUCUGAGUCUGCAGAACAACAAGAUAUCCGAUAUCGACGCGCGCGCUUUCGCGUUACCGUCCCUAACACAGCUUUAUCUUCACAAUAACAACAUAACUACCAUCCAGAACCAUACAUUCGCCAAUCUCACUAGCCUGCUUAAGAUAGAUGUCAGCCAAAACGGCAUCCAAUUCUUGAGCUGCGAAGCUUUCCAAGGCGCCGAUUCUCUUCAAGAAGUCUUUCUUGACGACAACAACCUACAAGACGUCCCAACCGGAGUAUUUGCCGGGCUAGAGCAGCUAGAAAGGCUCAGUUUAAAGGGAAACUAUCUCACUUCUAUUCCAAAAAUCCUACCCCGUAAUCUUAUAACACUAGAACUAUCUGGAAACAGAUUCGAGACACUACAACGCAUUGAGAGGUCUCUCCCGCCUGGCUUGUUGUACCUGUAUUUGAGUAACAACCCUUGGAGGUGCGGUUGUAGCCUUGUUGAGAUGAGGUCGUGGUUGGGGAAGACAUCUCUGGUCCAGAGUGCGCAGCGUCUGACGUGCUCGUUCCCGGGGUGCGCAGAGAACAUGUACAUCAUGGAGAUACCGGUAGAGGCGAUGUGUUCUAACAUCACGUGCUCGACUCUAGCCAAUCCACACUCUACUGUACAACCAAGUACCACCGAUCCACUGACAACCAACCACCACUCUACAUCCCACGUACAACCAAUUGCAAGUACAACCGAUCCACUGACAACCUACCACCACUCUACAUCCCCUGUACAACCAAGUACCACCGGCUCACUCACAACCUACCACCACUCUACACCCACUGUACAACCAAGUACAACCGAUCCACUGACAACCUACCACCGCUCUACAUCCACUGUACAACCAAGUACCACCGGGUUACUGACAACCUACCACCACUCUACAUUCCCUGUACAACCAAGUACAACCGAUCCACUGGCAACCUACCACCACUCUACAUCCACUGUACAACCAAGUACAACCGAUCCACUGACAACCUACCACCACUCUACAUCCACUGUACAACCAAGUACAACCGAUCCACUGACAGCCUAUCACCACUCUACAUCCACUGUACAACCAAGUACAACCUACCACCACUCUACAUCCACUGUACAACCAAGUACAACCGAUCCACUCACAACUUACCACCACUCUACAUCCACUGUACAACCAAGUACCACCGAUCCACUGACAACCUACCACUACUCUACAUCCAGUGUACAACCAAGUAUCAACGGUCCACUGACAACCUACCACCACUCUACAUCCCCUGUACAACCAAGUACAACCGGCUCGCUGGCAACCAACCACUUCUCUACAUCUCCUGCACAAUCCUUGGCAAAACCAAGUACCACUGAUGCACUCACAACUAACCCCAACCACGCACCUCCCGUACAGCACGAGUACUACAUCGUUAACGGUACCAUGUUGCUGGUGUCUGCCUGUGCUGUGAUGGUAGUGUGUACGUGCGUGGCGUUAGUGACGUACUACUGGUGCAGGACCAGGGAUCGCCGCCAGGCGGCAGUCGCGCCCAGUGACGCUGUAGACCCACAGGGGAAUGGCGCCCAGCUUCCAAGAUCUGGUCUAGCUUGA